CAAAGACAGCAGCAGCAUCGAUAUAAUAUUUACACUGAACACUCCCAUUAAUUAUAGUGAUAAACCUUUAAACGUAUACAUCAUAUACCACUUUCAUUUUCUUUCUGCACAUGCUUAAAUGAAUACAAUUUUCUUUAUGACCGAUCUCCGAAAAGGACCAAAUUCGGUCUUAGUCUUAGAACAAAGCAACAACAAGAAAAAUUAAAAGUUGACGUAGAUCUCUCUCUUAAAAUGACUAUCAGUCGGUUCGAAAAACUUUUACACAAUUCAAGAGAACUUCCAACUUCUUCCAGCCAAAAUGGAAUACCUCAGAUCAAUCGUAAUUUGAAUCAGAUUGCCGAGGAAUCGUACAUAAUGGCAAAUAAGAUCAACGAAGAAGACAUCAAUGAAAGUAGUGGCUUGGACAGAAAUAGAGGACAUUAUUUUUUGGCACAGAGUGGCAUGAAUGCCCAAGAAACGAGUCGUAAGCUAAGGACGAUGGAUACGAAAUUCCAUUUUGAGCCAGUGAAGAAGGCUGUGAAGCAUACAGAUGUCGAGGCUUACCUGAACGAAGUUCAAGAAAAGUUGAUGAAAGAUACAAUUGACGAAUCAAGAAAAUAUACGAGAGAAAUGUUUUUAGAUAGUAUGGAUGAACAGUUACAUAAGAAUUGGCAAAGGUCUAAAGCACAACUAUUACAAAAUUGGGAUCUUGAACAAGAUAACAAGUUGUUUGGGCGCGGUAUUGGUAUUACAGGAAGAAGUAGCAACCGAGAAGCACAGAUUCUUCCCUAUGCGAAUGUGAUCAGCGAUUUGAACAAAAAGCGACUGACGUACGAUAGAAUGCCUUUAACGCAAAAAUUCCAACAACUGAUGAUGAAGUUCACCGACGAAUAUGCUACAAGCUCACAGAGGAAAUCACUCGGUCGAGUUUGGGAUAUUACGACUCAUUUCACCAUGAAGAAUUACAUCGACGAAAACCCAGUUAAGAAACGACGACAAUUAUUGAAUUCCUCGAGGCAGUGGUUAGAGAAUCAAUAUAGAGCCAUAGUCGAAGAUACACUAUUUAAGCAAGCUACAGUAGCCAAAGUGGGAGGAGCACCUUCUGUUUUACAUAGAAUGCACAAAUUUAUGGAAGUCCAAUUUAAAAGCGCAAAAAGCUAUACUAUGAGACCGCUAACGCACACCGAAGAAUAUACAUGGAUUUACCCCAACCUAGAAAUUGACCGAAAUACAUCCACACCUAUUUGGCUAUUCUUGUAUGUUUUAUUGAGAAGUGGGCUAUCGCAGUUAGCGCUUCAGUAUGUAAAGAAUCAUGUGGAAUCAUUUCAUCGAACUAAUCAAUUUCCAGCAUUGUUUGAAGAAUACAUUGCCAAUGAUCAGUUAUCGGCAGAGAGCAAGUUUAAUGUGUUUGCGGAAUAUAGACUUAUGAAAUAUGGAAAUACACCCGCAGACCCCUUCAAAAUUCUUUUAUACAAGAUCAUGGGAAAAUGUGAGCUGAAUAUCAAGAGUGAAAAUGAUGUGAUCGAUACUAUCGAGGAUUAUAUAUGGUUACAGUUCAAUUUAAUAGAUGAGGUAGAAUAUACGUUAGUAGAACUACAGGAAACCAUCUCUGUACAGCAUGGCGAAAAGGAUUUUGAUAAGAAUGGUUUGAAUCCUUGGUAUUAUUUCCAUAUUCUGUUAUUGACCUUACAGUUUGAAAAGGCAGUGGACUUUAUGUACUCAAAAGAACCCUUCAGAUUAGAAGCCGUUCACUUUGGUAUCACCUUUGCCUAUUAUGGACUAUUAAAUUUCCCCUCUAAACCGAGAGACUCCAGAUUUGAUUUACUUGUUAUAGAAGACAGCCAUAAGUACUGCUUGAACUUAGGCCGUUUAAUUGAAUUAUAUGUUCGACAUUAUUUGAUGAAGACUCACAUGAAUGACGAUACAGUUAUCCAAUAUAUAUACCUGCUAACAUUAUAUCCUCGUCACCAAGACAUGAAUUUACUGGCCCAAGAACAAUUCUGCGAUUUCUAUUCCGUAAAACAGCAACAAGGACAUAAUUUAGUGGACAUGCUACAAUAUAAAUCACUUUUGGGAUUAGAGAAGGACGAGGAGUUCAAACAGCAUAUAUUAAAUCCUAUUGCAAGUCGAUUACAAGACAAUGGCCGAUAUAAAGAGGCAAUUUCAAUAUAUGAUUCCUUUGUUUAUAACAGCAACAAAGAUUAUACAACAGAUAUACUUCGUAUACUGAACCGUCAAUUGGAUUACACACUUAACCAAUGCUUCUUUGACUUUGGAAAUGAUGCAACAGACAAUAAACGAAAACAAGUUAGUCAAGAAAUUGUCGAUUAUUGCAUUUCAUUUACAAAGAAGAAAGCAACGACUUUCAAUGUUAUGGAUCACCAUCUGCAAUAUAGCGAUGAUGUCUCAAGAAUUCAUUACAUUUUGUUACAUUUCCUUCAAGCGUGCGUAAAAUUUGAAAGUGGCCAAUACCAGGAAGCAUUAGAGUCCAUCCAAAUCACACACGUUCUUCCUUUGAACAAUGACUACCAAAUGAUCUGUAGAGCAGUAGAAGAUUACAACGAGUCUAAAGAUGAUAUCAUUCGCAAUCAUAUACCUGAUAUUGUGAUUAUGACGCUGGAUAUAGUGUAUGAGUUAUGGAAGAAGAAUAACACCAUGAUUGUAUCACCGAGUCAUGAGUCUUACAAAACGUCCUUAACAAAAAUGUAUGAAGACUACAUUAACUCUAUCAUGGUAUUUGUUGGUAUGAUCAGUUCGAAAAUACCUGCCUCAGUACUUCAAAAAAUGAAUAGAAAGGUGUCGGAAAUACAUCAUUGAUGGAAAAAAUCCGUUAUCGAUCGGAUGAACAAUUAUCCUUUGUUACUUCAUUUUGUUGACACAAGUUUUUUUACCUUCAAUAAACAGAGCUGCCAGCACAAGUAAAUCCUUGUCUUUUGUCACCAUUAACGUUUUUGAAACGAUGCAUAUUCAAAUGCACCUAAAAUGUAAAGCCCUUUCUUUUUCAAUUUGGUUUCCCUGUGUAUUCAUCGUAAAAGCUUCUGGAACACCGGAAAUGUCCGGCUUUUGCUUCCGUUUUGUUUGUUGAAAAUCUC